CACUGCUAAUUGUAGAAACUACUUCUCCACUCGAGUUAAUUCCAAUUCAUUAAUUAAUCGUUAUUCGUAAAACAACAACUCUAAACUAGAUGAAAAAUGCAACACGUGUGGCAAACGGGUCUCUUUCAAGACUUUGAACCGAAAACACGUUAUACGUCCGGCAUUUUUUACAAAACAGAUGGACGACGAUAAACAGAACUUGGAGCAAGAACUGGAUAAUUUGAGCUACGAGGAUUUGUGUGAGAUCACGCAGAGCAGUCUGCGGAGGUUAAUAGCCGCGGACCCCCUUCUUCAGGACCUUCCGGGGGAUGUCACCACCGAGGAGGUGCUGGCGCAGAUCGCAGUGGCCCAGGGCAAGUCCAUCACGGUGGUGGUGUUGAGGCACUACGAGACUCCUCUGCACGUCGUGAUCCCCCAGCUGGGCACGACCGUCCGCGACCUCAAGCGCGCCAUCCAGCGCAACUUCACCCUCCGCCAGCAGCGCCUCCGCAGCAAGACCAAGAUCUCCUGGGGCUACGUCUGGCGCACGUACGACCUGCUCCACUGGGGCAAGCCGAUGAGCAAGGACGGCGAGCUGGUGAGCAACUACGGGGUGGUGAACAGGUCGGAGAUCCGUUUCGGGAAGAAGUUGCGGCGCAAAGCCGAGACAUGUUAG